AUGGAGAUCCUCACAUCCUGUCUCUGGAUAGUGCUGAGCGUCAUGCGCACACCCGUGUACUGCAAGCGGUCUUCAAUUGCGGCUGUCCAGGAGGAGCCUGUGCUGAAGCAGAUAGACCUGCUCCUGUCGAAGACUGGUGCAGAUGCAUUGGCAGGAGUGUCCGGCUAUAUAGAGGCCCGGCCCCUGCAUGACGCCAAUGUCUGCGAUCUCACUAUGGCUUACCUCUCGAUUGUGCUGGGAGGCGUGAUUCCCAUCAACAUAAUUUUCUGUUUUGAGCGGAUGCUUCGAGUGCAGCAUGCAAAACGCGUGCUGGCGGCCAGAGGCAGGAGUGCUGAAGCCGGCGGUCUGCUGGAUGACCAGUGCUAUGCGCUCAUGACAGUAAUGGGUCUUGCCAUUGGCCUCAGCAUAGCCAUCUUACAAGUGCAGCGCAAGGCUCUGCUGCCAAAGAUCCUGGAUGUCAACAAUGCAGAGGCCACCCUUCGGUCUGCCUUCAAGUCUCCGUUCCCAAACGCACCUGCUCGGUCAGAUAUGGAGGCAGAGGAUCCUGAGGAGAGGCUGGUGCUGUGGGAGCCGCCGCCAUACGCAGAUGGCAGUCCAGUGGCAGUUGAUGGCAUGCUGACCAAGUGGCUGCGCCCGCAUCAGCGCGAAGGCGUAGCCUUCAUGUUCGAGUGCGUGACAGGCCUCCGGGACUUUGGGGGCAACGGCUGCAUCCUGGCAGAUGACAUGGGCCUGGGGAAGACGCUGCAGGGCAUCUCGCUGCUGUGGACGCUGCUGCAGAGUGGGCAUGCCCUUCUGGGGGGUGAGCCGCUGGCCAAGCGAGUCAUCAUCUGCUGCCCCACCUCACUGGUCAGCAACUGGGACAGCGAGUGCGGCAAGUGGCUCAAGGGAAGGGUGAGGACGCUGCCACUCAGUGAGUCUUCAAGGGAUGAUGUCAUCAGCAGCAUAUCUGACUUCCUGCGCCCCAACACCAUGUACCAAGUGCUCAUCCUGUCCUAUGAAACAUUCCGACUGCACGCUGAGAGGCUCAAGGGGGAGCAUGCCUGCGAUCUGCUGAUCUGCGACGAAGCACACAGGCUGAAGAAUGACCAGACCCUCAUCAACAAGGCACUGGACAGCCUGGCCUGCAAGCGGCGGGUGCUGCUGUCCGGGACGCCGAUGCAGAACCACCUGGACGAGUUCUAUGCCAUGGUCAACUUCUGCAACCCUGGAGUCCUGGGCACCCCCUCACAAUUCCGCCGCCACUAUGAGGGCCCCAUUGUGGCGGGUCGGGAGCCUGAUGCGUCAGAGGAGGUGGUGGCGAAGGGUGCAGAGCGCAGCAGUGAGCUGAGUGCCAUCGUGGUGGAGGUGGUGUGCUGCAGGCCCUCACCGCUGCAGGUGGAACUGUACAACCACUUCCUGGCCUCCAACGCGGCGCAGCGCGUGCUCAGUGCGGAAAAGACCAAGGGCAAGGCGUCCGCCCUGACGGCCAUCAAUGCGCUGCGCAAGCUGUGCGGCCACCCCAAGCUCAUCUACGACCUCAUCCACCCCACCUCCGGCAAAGCCCCCGCCGAAGCCGACGGCUUCAAGGCAAGCCGAGUCAUCAUUCCAUUUUGCAUGGCUGAUCUCUGGACUGAAGCGCGCAAGGACUGCGCCCAGUUCUUCCCUCCGGGCCUUUUCGAUGACGGGCGCGCUGGCCGCUCCAGGGGCAUUCUCCCCCAGGGCUGGGACGCCCUCUCAGGCACGUCCGGCAGACCUUUUUCACUCUGCUGUCUCUCACUUUGCACUGGGAAGUUCCCUGCAGGGAAGAUGGCGGUGUUGGGGUGCAUGCUGGCGCUGCUACGGCCGACGGGGGAGCGCAUCGUGGUUGUUUCCAACUCCACACAGGUCCUGGACCUCAUCGGCCAACUCUGCCGUGAACGCUCAUAUCCUGCGCUACGGCUGGAUGGCACAACGACGCUGAAGAAGCGCGCCAAGAUGGUGCAGCAGUUCAACACGGAGCUGGGCCAAUUUGUGUUCCUGCUGUCCUCCAAGGCCGGCGGCUGUGGCAUCAACCUCAUCGGCGGCAACCGCCUUGUGCUCUUUGAUCCAGACUGGAACCCUGCAAAUGACAAGCAGGCUGCGGCCCGCGUCUGGCGAGACGGUCAGAAGAAGCGCGUCUAUGUCUACAAGUUCCUGACGACCGGCACCAUUGAGGAGAAGGUGUUCCAGCGCCAGCUGGCAAAGGAGGGGCUGCAGCAGGUGGUGAACAACACGGGGGCGGCCGCGUCUGCGUCGGCCGGCUCGGACGCAGGCGACGGCGGCGGCAUCGCAGCGGCCGCCAUGAGCGCCGAGGACCUGCGCGACCUCUUCACGCUGCGCCUGCACACGGCCUCCGACACCUUCGACUCCAUGUGCGACAACGACGAUGACGAGGCGCCAGAUGAUGAAGGUAGCAACGAAGGCAGCGCAGCAGCCGUCGACAUUGGGUCGCCGGCGGAGGAGGAUCUGAAGAGCUGGGGGCAGCACACAUCCACGUCUACUGUGCCGGACGCCAUCAUGCACACCAUCGGCCAGCAGCUGCCGGGCCAAGUCUCCUUUGUCUUCUCCUGCAAGGUGGCUGGGAAGGCAAUAGAGGGAGAGGAGCCGGAGGAAGCUCCAGGGACCAGCGGCCGGGGAAGCGCGGCGGCCGGCACUCCAGUGACGCCGGCCGCGCGCACCGGCCUGUCAGCCGCCGCGGCCAGCGCGCCGUCGCGCAUGUGCAUGCCGGCUGUCACUCCCGCAGCUGCAUCCCGGCGCUCCCCGCCGGCCACCGCCUCCGGACGCAGAGAAACUUUUGGAAAGGAGAAUGAGCAGAUUGGUGCAGCCCCUCUCGGCACCAGCCGGCUGGCAACCAGGCUGCCUGCUAAAUCCAUGUCCUGUGCGGUGUCAACAAAGCUGUCUCCCUUGUCGUCACAUCGCCUGACGCCGCCCUCCCAGAGGAAGAAGUCUCCUUUGACGGCGAAGCAUGUCACCAUGGGCGCUCUGGAGCAAGCAGUGCAGCAGGAACCAGCCAAACGCCAGAAAGCACAGCUCGGCAGCAGUGCUACAGCGGCGGAAGUGGUCUGGCCUCACAGAGGUGGAGAAUCCUCUGAUGAUGAUUUUGAGUGA